CAUGGGGCAAGCCCAAUAUGGUCCUCUAGUAUUUAGGCCCAGUUAUAUAGCUCCUUGGUACAUCAAUUCUGCGCUCUUCGUGUUCCUCUCCUCGUUAGUUGUUCUCCCUCAAAUUGAAUGCUGCAUCUUCUCCGCAUCCGAGAUUGAAGUGUAAUACGAAUUCUAUCUGCUCCCCGGGGGUAGUUAGAGAAAGGUUCGACAUUCAAAUUGAUCCCGGUGUUCGCAUAGCUGAAGAAUAAGCCAUAUCGGUAUUAGAGAAAUGCCUGCUCUGAAGAUAGAUAGUGGUCACCAGGACACCGUCCAUGAUGUUUCGAUGGAUUAUUAUGGGAAGCGUCUUGCAACAGUUUCAUCUGAUCAGACCAUUAAGAUAAUUGGAGUCAGUAACUCGGCUUCUCAGCAUCUAGCCACGCUUACUGGUCACCAAGGGCCAGUUUGGCAGGCUGCUUGGGCGCACCCAAAAUUUGGGUCGUUGCUGGCUUCGUGUUCUUAUGAUGGACGUGUGAUUAUAUGGAAGGAGGGCAAUCAGAACGAGUGGACUCAAGCCCAUGUUUUCGACGAUCAUAAAUCCUCCGUUAACUCUAUCGCUUGGGCUCCUCAUGAAUUGGGUCUGUGUUUGGCAUGUGGUUCCUCUGAUGGGAAUAUUUCAGUAUUCACUGCAAGGCAGGAUGGUGGUUGGGAUACAUCAAGGAUUGACCAAGCUCACCCUCUUGGUGUUACAUCGGUCUCAUGGGCUCCUUCAUCUGCGCCGGGUGCUCUUGUUGGUUCUGGCUUGGUUGAUCCUGUUCUAAAGCUUUGCUCUGGUGGUUGUGAUAAUACUGUGAAGGUCUGGAAACCGUAUAAUGGAAUUUGGAAGAUGGACUGUUUCCCUGCACUUCAGAUGCAUACUGAUUGGGUUAGGGAUGUUGCAUGGGCGCCGAACCUCGGGCUACCAAAAUCUACUAUUGCAAGUGCUUCUCAGGAUGGAAAAGUUAUCAUAUGGACUGUAGCCAGGGAAGGGGAUCAAUGGGAAGGAAAGAUAUUGAGUGAUUUCAAAACUGCGGUCUGGAGGGUCUCAUGGUCUUUGACUGGAAACAUCUUGGCUGUGGCGGAUGGGAACAACAGUGUGACUUUGUGGAAAGAAUCUGUUGAUGGGGACUGGCAACAGGUGACAACGGUAGAGCCAUAGAUCCAGUUUUUAAAUUUUUGCAGUGCAUCUGGUUUUAGACCUUACGAUCUGCUUGCUACAUGAGAAAUAUUUUGUUUCUUUCAGAAUAUAUAUAUAAUUGAUUUGUUCUCAACCAUCGAUCCACUUUGAU